AACAAAAGAAGACGGUCGCAUGGAAAAAAAUUCGUCUCAAAGAAUGUAAAAAAUUGUUUGCUUCGAUUAUCAAAGUAAUUUUGUAGUUUUACAAAUACCACGACAAUGCCAGAUAACUUGAAACAGCCGCUUGGCCCCAUCGUUUUGAGCAGUGUGUCACAAGAUUCAUACACUGUAUGUUGGGUAAAACCAAAUCUUUCUGGUGCAGUCAACAACUUCCGUGGUUUUCUCAUCGAGUCAAGUUCUGAUAAUGUAAAGUGGACAAAGACUGCUGAAAUUGACAAAGCGCUGACCUCGUUUACCAUUGAGAAAUACAACAAGAAUACCAGUCAGUUUGUCCGAGUGUCGUGUCGCUAUGACGGUGGAACGAGUUGUCCUCUCACAUCGUGUGACCUCAAGAAUGUCAUUAGUGCUAAAGUGGGCUCACUGAAUUCGCAGAAGAAUGCACCUAGAAAACAAAGUGAAUUAUUACAGAAAGGUAGUGCUUCAAAUGAUAAAAACUCUUCAGCGCAGAUUAACACUGCUGGAUCAAAGCCUUCUGGUGCAUCUUCUAACAAGCAGACAGAGCAGUCUGUAUCUAAAGUGAAAGCUCCAAACCAGCCAGAGAAGUUGAUGAGCAUCACACCAACCAAAGCAUCUAGUCAGGUGAAUACAUCCAAAGUGAUGCCCAUAAAAACAGGAGAAAAAUUAACCAGCGCAAAUGCUAUCAAAACAGAUGGUUUAAAGUCUCCUGAAAAAAAGUUGCCCAAUGUGAAUGCUAUCAAACAAGAAAAGUCAGGUGGCAUGAACACAUCUCCGGCGACGAAACAGUCACAGAAUGCAUCUAAACUGACACCCGCUUCAUCAACAGAUACAUCUACCAAGCCUAAAGGUGGCUUGUCUCCUAAUCCUGGGUCAUCAUCAACAAAACCUGCUGGUUCAACACCUUCUCCUAAAGGUGGCUUGUUGCCGACUCCAACACAGAGAAUUACCCCACACAAGGCGAGCUUGUUGCAGAUGUCUGGGUCCACGCAGCCAGCCAAACCAAGGGGGCCAGUGUCAUCACUACUACAGGACAUCGAUCAACCUCUAACAGCUCAGACUAAUGAAACUCAGAAUAGUAAAACAGAUAUCCUGCACAAACCCUGUGGUCCGCUUGUUGUGAGCAGUGUGUCUGGGAACUCGUACACUGUGUCCUGGGUUCAACCCCAGCAGGCGGGCUGGAAGAUUGGAUUCAAGGGAUUUCUGGUGGAAUUGGGCUCUGACAACAUCAGCUGGACAAAGGCUAAGCAGACUGACAUGACAAAGACAACUUGUACGUUUGAGAACUACGACCGAAGCAAGAGUCAGUUUGUGCGAGUGUCUUGUCAGUACGCGGAUGGAGUGAGCAGUCCACUGGUCUCAUGCGAUCUCAAGAAUGUCAUUGCAGCUAAAGCACAAUCUCUGCAGUCACAGUCGAUCUUGAAGGGGUCUAAAAGACCGACCCCCACACCGCUAAUCCCUAGUUUGACUUCAUCUGCACCUACCCAGGAAAUGCAGAAACCAAAUCCAGCGACUACAGUUAAAUCUAAUUUGAAGAAGCCGUGUGGCCCUCUGCUAGUUGUGUCUGCAUCUUCUGACAAGUUCUCGGUGAAAUGGUGCAAUCCCAGCCCGCCUAGUCCCAAUCUGAAGGGCUUUGUGGUAGAGAGAAGUACCAACAACUCAUCAUGGACCAAGGUUUCCGAGUUGACCAAGUCUGUCACUAUGUGUACGGUUACUGGCUGUGGUGUCGGUGAUGGCCAGUUUGUGCGAGUGUUCGCCCAAUACGACAUUGGAAGAAGCGAACCUCUUGUGUCAUGCAAUCUCGUCAAUGUUAUUGCUGCUAAAGUUUCAGCAAAGCAAGCUCCUUCACAGUCCACAUCAGAUGCCCGCAAACCGAUGACACCUGCUGGUAACCAGUCGAGCUUCCAGCAGAACAUGUCACAGCCAGUGGGAUCCCUCAACAGUAGAAUGAAACCGCCGACAUCUACCAAUGACAAGGGCCAAGCCUUCUCGGCUGUCGACAGAUCGUUGAAGGACAACAGACCUGGUCUGCAGAGACUGGGGCCAUCAACCGUGCUGUGCAAGCACUUUCCUGACUGCAAUCAGAAACCGUGUCGGUUUUAUCAUCCUCCGUGUCCAAACCGUAACUGUACAGUUAGGAACUGUCAGUACAGUCACGAUAACAGACCGGCUGAUUUUGAAGACGCCAAAAAGCCUGUUGAUGCCAAUACCAAGGGGAAUCAAAAUACUAUACUCUGCAGGCACUUUCCAAACUGCCGAUAUGGAGAUUCGUGCAUGUUUCUGCACCCUACGUGUUCCAGUUUACCCGAUUCCAGGAAACCGGGAUGUGUGUUUUCUCAUAAAACAGAAGGUUCUCAUUCAGGAGGCGGCGGCUUUCAGAUGAGAAGAAGUGCUGAGGAAUCUAAAAGGUUGACUCAUUUGGAGUCAAGUGGCCAAAAGUUUCCUCCACCAUCAAGGAGUACCCCCAGACAUGAAGACGCUAUGUGGACUGAUAACAUGCAGAGAAGUGAUGAUCGAUCUGACAGUUUUAAGAAAGUUCCUUGUAAAUACUGGCCAAACUGUCAAAGAGGCAAACGAUGUCCAUUUAUUCACCCAGAUGAAAAAUGUCCAGAUGGGCCACAUUGUCGUAAAGGAGCAAGCUGUACACUCAUUCACCCACAAGCUGGGUCCAAACGUUAUGCACCUCCUGCAAGUGAGUUGUCUGCCCCUGCUCCCAAAAUUGCCAGGUCUGAGAGAGACGGUUACAGCAGCUGGCAGUUUGAAGAGAAUGUCACAGGCUACCCCAGCGCCCGUGAUCCUUACGAGGCCAGAGGCUAUAGGAGAGCAGAUGAAUAUGGUGCUCAGGACAGAUACGGUAGAGGCCGAGCGGGGGAGGUUGCAGACAAAGGUCAGCUGGGGGAGACUGCAAGCAGAGGCCGAAUGGGGGAGGUGGCAGGCAGAGGCCGAAUGGGGGAGGUGGCAGGCAGAGGCCGAAUGGGGGAGAUGGCAGGCAGAGGCCGAAUGGGGGAGAUGGCAGGCAGAGGCCGAAUGGGGGAGGUGGCAGGCAGAGGCCGAAUGGGGGAGGUGGCAGGCAGAUACCAGGAAACACAGACUGAGAGAAGACUUGUUGAUGAUCAGGCUGGAAGUAGAAUGUAUGGAAAUCUUACGAGGUCAGCUAAAGGUGCAGAUCCAAGGGGUUAUUCAACAGAAGCAGCAGUACAAGAGGUGUACGGUUACGAUAGGUGGGUGGAUGCAUCAGAUUAUGACCAAUUUGGAGACAAGUGGGAUCAGCGCGAGAUAUUCGACUACAGUGAGAGAAAGAGUAAGGAGACGUCUGCCAGAGAACCAGCCAGACAGCAGCAGCAGCAGCAGCAGCGUAUGUACAGCACACAGUACCCACAGCUUCAUGAGUACCCACCGAGAGCAAGCAGUGACCAGCGUCACAAGGAACUGCAGGCGGACACGCAACGACGAUCACAGGCUACAGAUCCAUGGAGGGACUCCGGAGAUCAGAGACUGGACACCAGAUUGGACAAACCCAAGCCACUGAUGAGUAAAGCCCAGGCCGAGUGGCUGGGCUAUGAUGACCCUGCAUAUUAUGCCCAGAAUAAGAGACGUGAUCCCUCGUCAUCGGCACGCGAUGAUGAUCUGCUGGCAUACAAGCAGCACAAUGUCUAUGGUCAGGAGCAAGCAGUGGCAUCAAGGAGGUCAGCGGACAGCCGGUUAGCAGAACCCAGCGAUAAAUAUACCUAUGAAGAGUCCAUGUAUCGGGCACCUGGUGUUGCUGGCACGAGGGCCGAGAGUCGAGCCACUGUGGCUGAAGAUGAGUGGGCAGCGUACGAUCAGUCACUGUACGGUCAGUCUGGCAGUUCGGCCAGGAGCCAGCACGCUGCUGCAUCUCGUAAAGCCAAACUAGACGACGAACUGGCGUACAGUCAGUCGGUGUACGGUUCAUCGGCCGAUCCUGCCAGACGACGGAACCCUGUAGCCGAUGCCGCUGACAAAGAAGCGUGGGCGUACAGCGAAGCGGCAUAUGGCCAGUCGAGGGCACUGCCACCAGUGAGACGCGAACCUGUGCCAAGUGCAGACAAGUAUCGCCAGGAUGAGCGGUCGUAUGCAGGUGACCACAGGUACAAGGAGACGUAUGCAGCCAAGCAGGAAGCCUAUCCCUACCCACUGGCUUACGACUCAGAGCCAACGCGAGAUGAAGCUAAACGAAGACCGGCUGAUGUGUAUGAGCGAGAUCCCUACGCUUAUUCCUAUCCACAGGCAGGUGUGGAGUCGUGGAAUUAGGAUACGGUGCAUGUCCUACGGUGUUGAGUAAUUCAUGAUUGGCUGCAUGUGCCAGCAACUGACACUGUUACAUACAUGUAGCAAUGCCAGAAUGUGUAUGUCGUAUGAUAAGCAAUAUAUUUACUUGGCAUUCCUAUAUUACAGAAUAUGUUGAUGUAAGAUACCAAAUCUAUAACAUUUCAUUUUGAGUAUUUACACAUAUAUUUUGUUUUUAUGCCCAUGGUGGCCAUGAUAUGAAAGACAUUUGGACUUUACCCAAGACAGAACUUGCAAUUUAAUAAACAUGGUGUCUUGUGUUAUAGAGUACAUGUUCGAAUUUCAGACAUUUUUUUUUAUCUUGUGUUUUAUAGUAGUAUUUGAUAGAAUUACAGACAUGGUAUCUAGUGUUAUAGUACUUGUUAUUUAGAAUUGUAGAUGCUAUGUCUUGUGAUUAAGAGCUCUUGCUAGAAUACAGUCAUGUUUAACAACAAAGACAGCUGGUGCACAAGUUAGACAUGUCUGGGGUUCUCUUGUCACGUCGUAGGUUUGGUUUGUGCUCAGACCUAGGUUCAUCUUGACGUUUAUUCAAGGACGUGAUUUUUCAGCUUUUUAUCUGAUUUCAGCUCUCUUCUUUUUUUUUGUGAGUGUGUAAAAUGAUUUUCACAAAUUAGAUUGGAUUUUAACUGUAAUGCUGAAAAAUCACUUAAUGUAGAGGUUUUAUCUUGUAAUUUUAAACUGGUUAAUACAUCCCUGUUAUUGCAUAAUGGAUAAACCACAAAUUUCUCCAGCAUUCCCCUGCCAAAAGUUUUGAAAUCUUACAAGGAAAUGAGUAAAUACUUAAUUUAAUGUUCCCAGUCUGUGAGGAUUCGGAAUGGCAAAACAUUCUGGUGAUUUGACCUUUUAACGUGUUUCUAAAUGGUACAUGUACCCACAAAACAAAGUACGAUCCAAAUUCUGAUUCUUACCAAACAUUCACAUCAAACCAGGAGCUUCGAUGUCUCCAGUUUCUAUAAAUACCAGGACAGCCAAGAAAACUGGAUGUAUAAAAUUUAAUACACAAAGCAAAACAUUACGAGUUCCAACCUAAAGUGAUACCUUGUAUUGUAAGAGGAAGAUGGACCUUGAGAGACAUGAACGUUUUCCAGGUUUAUAUGGAAUUCCGAAUUUUUAAUUGACUAUGCAGCGUUUCGGGAGUUUUCCCUGUUUGUCAAAACUUUUCCAUAUUCUCCAUCGAAAACGUACAAUAUAGUUUCAGCUUAUGUUUUGUGUACAUUCUAAAUGGGGGUCGCUAUUUUAGAAAAUUGUAAAACCCUAACCCUAGGUCUGAUCUAGUACCUGACCUUCAGUAUUAAAAUUUGUGGAUUUAUUUUGUAACCUACUUUCAUCUGUAUAAGAGACAAAACUUGGUUAUUGGUGCCUGUACUUGGAGCAGUUGGGAUGUCUGAUUAUACACUGAAUAUGCACUCCACACAUUUUAUUUAUGGUUAUAUGGCAUCAGACAUGUGGUUAAGGACUACAAAGAUAUUGAGAGAGGAAACACACUGUUGGCACUUCAUGGACUACUCUUUUUCGAUUAGCAGCAA